AACGUAAACUUCUCGAUGAGUAUAACUACAGUGAAUUCUAGUAUUUCGGUAUAAUGGAAUAUAAUAUCAGUAAUCACGAAACAAAAGUUCAGUACUCUUUCUAUUAUCUUGUUAUUUCAUUUUUUACUUCUUCAGUGGUCUAUCGAUGGUAUAAGUAUUAACCAUAUAACUUCACUCGUAUUUUUUCUUAUAUCAUAGGUAUUACGAUUAAGUAUAUACGUACAUAAGUAUAGUAAACCACGGUACCUACUUCAUAAUAAAUAAUUACAUAAGAUACUCUUUACUAAACGUACGAUGCCAGUAAUAGGCGAUAAGCCCACAUGAAAACUCUGUCGAAUAAUUGAUUUCAAAUUAAUUAAUACUAUUGUUACAAACAUGAAAAAAAAUUUUCCACUGAAAGCCUUAAAAUGGCAACAGUAGUUGAUCAUUUUAUGAAGUUAAAUUAUGAUGAUAGCGUUUUUUUCAUUGAAAAUUAUAAAGAGUUAUUCAAUAUUGACUUAAAUGCUCUGAAAAGUGAAAUGAUGGUGGUAAAAAUUGUGUCCUUCGAUCAAGCAUAGAAUUACAGAUUGAUUUUGAUAAAAUAAAAGAAGGGAUACAAUUUGAAAUUUAUCCAAAUUUGUACACUUAGUUGAAAAUGGCUCUUUCAAUUCCUUUUACUUCAGCCACGUGUGAGCGUUCUUUCUCCACUAUGAGAAGAAUUAAAAAUUGGAUGCGCACAUUGAUGGACCAGGAGCGAUUUUUCAGUUUGGCAAUAAUAAACAUUGAAAAAGAAAUAUCAAAUCAGCCUAAAGCUGAGGAUAUACUAAUUGAGUGUGCUAAAACCAAUAAAAGUUAUACUAUAAAAGUAAUGUCAGUCAUCUACUAUACAUAUAGAUUUAAAAUGUUAAAGCCUGUUGUACAGCUAUUAUGCAGACAUAAAUCUUCAUCAGCUUCUGCGAGUAUCAUUACUACAUUCAAGACUGAUAAUUCAUAUAGAAUAACACUUUCAGAUCCAAAAACUAGAAAUACAUUAUCUAUUGCUCUGCUACAAAAUUUAAUUCAAGAAAUACAAAAUGCUGGAAAUGAUUCAUCUAUAAAAAGUAUUGUACUUUGUGGUUCUGGACCAGUAUUUUCUGCGGGUCAUAACCUUAAUGAGCUUAGAAUACCAGAAAAUCAGAAAAAUAUAUUCUCAUUGGCUACAAAACUUAUGAAUAUAAUGAUUGAUUGUCCUAUACCUAUUAUAGCAUGUGUUGAUGGAAUAGCUGCAGCAUCUGGUUGUCAAUUGGUAGCAGCAUCUGAUAUAGCAAUUUGUACAAACCGCAGUUUUUUUUCAACUCCUGGUAUAAACCUUGGUUUGUUUUGUUCUACUCCAGGAAUUCCUCUUAGUAGAGUUGUAUCACAAAAAACUGCUUCUUAUAUGUUAUUUACUGGAGCACCUAUUAAUGCAGAAGAAGCUCUAAGAACUGGUCUUGUUAGCAAGAUUGUUCGUCCAGAAGAAUUUGAUGAUGAAAUUUCCAAGUUAACAACAUUAAUUGGUCAAAAAAGUCGAACAGUAAUUACUUUAGGAAAGACAUUUUUUUACAAACAAAUUGAUGAAAAUGUUAAAUUAGCUUACAAAAAAGGAGAACAAGUGAUGCUUGAAAAUUUGGAACUUGAUGAUUGCAAAGAAGGUUUGCAAUCUUUUGUAGAAAAAAGAAAACCCAAUUGGUGAUUGUAUUGUCCUAAGAAGUUGAUUUAUCCUGAUAUCUGUGGAGUAUGGAUUAGAUAAAAGUUACAUUUUGAAUUAUUAAUUGCACUUUGUAAUUUAAAUAUGUAGAUUUCCAUUUAAAA